GUCAUACCAAUUCCGCGGAGGAAUAGGGGGCUUAUUCGUCUACUUUGCGAGGCAUUGGGCAGCAAUGUUACGUGUGCCAACAUUGCUUACGCUGCCUUACCCAGGCAGUUUGAGAGAUGCCUACCUCGUCCAUGCCGCCGCGGAGCAUUCUUCGAAAAUGAAAAUCACAAAUUUAUAUGAGAGGAUAAUUCGAUAACACUAUCUAGUAACUAACGAACGACUUACUGUCGCCAACAAUACUCGAAUAUCGGGUUUAGUCUACGGCUCUUACAGUUCGACCUUCGCCUAUCAUACGGCGGUACCUGGCAUUCCUAUACGAUAAUGGGAGGUGCCGAAGAAAAGUUAUGUGAAAAAUGUACGAAAAUGAUCCAGGUUGGGUCCUACACCCGCCACACGUUACACCGAAAUUAUCAUGAAUUUAUAGCGAGUAAGAAGAGUUGGUGUAUUAUCUGCUCUUGGUUAUGGGCACUGCAUCAGCCCCCAGAUCCGAUUAAACAAGGUAUAGAGGACGUCGAUGACAAUUGCGUGUUUGGGAAGUUUGGUAUUUCCUUCCGUGUCCCCAAUCCAGAUGACGAUCUCAUACAUCAUCCUCCCUUAAAUAUACAUUUAUCUAUAGAAAGUUCUUGGGCCGGGGUGUCAAGGAUCAGUUUCCAUAUAGGAUCUCUAGAAAAACUGGAUAACAUCAGAAUAUCAUCUUGUGCACUAUUGAGCGAACUUGAGGCCCAUCCUUGGUCUACUCUCGGUCCCAACAUAGGGUCCGAUGAGUCCUUGGGGAAAAUACAUCAGUGGAUAUCAUCCUGUCAAGCUAACCAUACGUCUUGUGGCUCAAUCCACGGAUACCAUGGAUCACCUGGCUUAGAAACCGGUACCUUUUUCCCAACUCGAGUUGUUGACGUUGAGAAAGCCGACGUUGGGAUCAUCUCUAUACGGGAUAGAGCCGAAGUCGCGGUUCAAUUCGGUGCUGAGAACGAAGCACGCCUACCGACAUCAACCGAGCCGGGUACUGUGCAUAAAUAUCCCGUCUACUGGACUUUAUCUCACCGCUGGGGUAACACUGACGAGAUGCCACGACUUCUCAAAGACACAGAGUUGCGGCUUCGUAAAGGCGUUAGGCUUGAUGAAUUACCGCCGAUCAACAAAACGUGGCCGGCAUUCCGCGACGCGGCCCUUCUUGUCAAACGUCUCGGCUAUAGAUAUAUUUGGAUCGACUCAUUGUGCAUAUUUCAGGAUUCAGCUAGUGAAUGGCAACGAGAGGCUAGUACGAUGAUAGAUAUUUACCGCCACUCACAUUGCAAUAUAUCGGCGGGCUCUGCGUCAUACAACCCAGCAAAGAAUGGCCUUUUUAGGCGAAGAAAGCUCCAUGAGAGGCUCUUAUAUCCGGCUGUGGUGAACUUAAACGCCCAACCAUGUUGGAUAUGGCAUAUUCCACAUUGGAAUGACCAAGUCGAGAGAGUACCUCUCAACAGACGCGGCUGGGUCGUUCAAGAACGAUUUCUGACGACGCGUACUAUUCACUUUGCUGAAAGCCAGAUCUUCUGGGAAUGCUUGGAGGGCACCGAUUGCGAAUCUAAACCGACAAGCAAAAGCCUAGCAAAUCUAGAAAAGAAGAUACGAUCCGAUACAGCUAGGGGUAGUACAGCAGUGUUGGAUUUCUAUAAAAUCAAAGAAAUUACUACCGAAUUGUAUCCCCUCCCUCACGACGAAGAGAGAUUAAAGAAAAUCUAUAGAUCUUGGGUUCGUAUUGUGGAAUAUUACGCAUCUUGUGAGCUUACAAAAGAGUCUGAUAGACUGAUUGCUGUGUCUGGCAUGGCGAAGGCUUUCCAGGAAGCCACCGGCGACACAUACAUGGCUGGCCUAUGGAAAGGCGAUCUCGAUCAUUGCCUUACGUGGCAGGUCAAUAUUCAGAGAAGAGACCAAGUCCGACGUAGCGAGUAUGCGCCGUCGUGGAGUUGGGUUUCGAUCUCGGGAAGUAGUGUGAAAUUCUACACUUAUCCUGAAGUUCAUCAUACAUCAUAUUUCAAACUCAUUGAGGAGCGGAUCGUGCCUGAACCGCCUAACGGGGACUCUUUUGGAUUGCUUCGCUCUGCGGAGCUCGACGUCGAGUGUAUGCUUUGCUACCUUCGAUUGCAGAAAGAAACAAAGUUCGAGCAGGAGAGGUGGGAAUAUUACGACAAAGCUCAAAGCUGGCGCUUUUUCGAGAGAGAUUCAAAUGUGAUGAUACAGUAUGAUUCAAAAAACUUAGAAGAGUUUUAUCAAGCGGACAGGAAGGUAUUCACCGUUAUUCCAGUAUGGGGCGAUAUUUCAGCAUGGGGGAGAAGGAAAUGGAUGUAUUGUCUUAUAUUGAAGUGUGAUGUAGGUAAGAGGUUUAAACGAGUCGGGCUUAUGAAGUGGUAUCAUUGGAAGGAGGACAGGACUUUUGACAGAUGGGCCGGUCCAAAACGUCUUAUUACACUUAUAUAGAGUGUGAGAUAGGAGGUAGCUUGAGAUACACGAUUCUGUGGGAAGUACGGACUAUCACUUGAUGCAUUAAAUAGAGGCUUUACAUAUCACUUCUUAUAUGCAUAGAUAUAUAUUCCGUUAAAUGCAUACAUACAUGUAUACCUUAGUGCCAGCCUUGUACAGAUUAGAUUACGGAUUACACCUCAUUCC